AUGCAGGAGUUUAAAGAAGAGAAGCUGUUAAGAAAAGAACUACAGAAAUCACUAGGGGAUUAUGAGUAUAGGGAAAUUAAAACACUCAACCGGAUAGUAAUGGAUAUGCUGGCACGGAUUAAUAAUGAAGUUAAAAUAUUUUCAGGUAUACCAGAACAACUAGUCAGUCUAGCAAACAAUUCAUUAUUAUUACAAGUAUAUCAAAGGACUGACCUUAUAUAUAGUGAAGACGCAGUUGUAUCAGUGGUUGGUACAUCUAUAAAUUACAUAAAAGCAGUUAUAGAUAAACUUGUGGCGAUAGCAGAUAAUUUACAAGACAAUGACAAGAAAGAAGCAUUAUACAAUUUAAUAGGAGGAUCUCAUUUGUUUAUGGCGUAUUUUUUAUGUAAUUAUAGAAAACAAUUUUUUACUGAAAAUGUUAAUACAUUAUGCGAACUGCAUGGAAUACCAAAAUUAAAUGAAAAAACAACAUCCAAUUAUGCGCUGGUUAGUCUUUUUGAAUUAACUGAGUCAAAAAAGUGUUCAAAGUUACAGAGAGCAUUAGAUAUAAUAAUGAAGCAUGGUAAUGAUCUAUUUACAAUAGAUGAAACUGGACUAAAAACAUCAAAUGCUUCUAAGUUAGGAAUAAGCAAUGAUGAUAUUAAAGCACUACAGCUACUUACAAGAGUAGAAUAUGACAGUGUGUAUAAUCUUAUGUGGAUAGCGUAUAGAUCAAUUAGUAUUGAAAACAAAAAUACAGGACAGAAAAUGUCUUUUGAUUCCUUAUACGAUUUAAUAUUUGGUAUAUUUACUAAUUAUUCUAUAAAGGAUAUUGAAUUAUACAAAGAAAACAAGAAUUGUAAAUUUAAUGAAUUUAUGAAUGCUAUUCUAAAUAUAGGCAGUAUAAAUAUUUUAUAUUCAGGUGUACCUAACAAUUUCCAUGAUAUUUUCAAACCCAAUUUAACGACUUUCUCAAAAUUCGAAAAUAAUGUAAUUCACAAGUACGCUGAAACUGAAAAAGAGAAAUUCUCUAUUAUUAACAGUACAUCUACUGCUAAACCAAGUAUAGAAGAUACUACUGAAGUAUCUUCUUCUACUGAAACCGCAUUAGAGGCUAAAGAAAACAGAGAAACCAGUGAACCAGUGACUGAAGUGCCAACUAGAAGAUCUAGAAGGGCUGAACAAGUAUCACUUUUUCUAACAGUAUUUGUUUUUCUUUUUUUAAUUGCUAAUAGUGCAAUCUUAAUAAAUCUUAUAGGAUCAAAGAAUUCAGCACCAACAUAUGGAAAUAUAGAUACCAACCAGCAAUGCACAUCUAUAUGCCCAGAAGAAGAAAGCUCAGUAUGGCAAGGCAAAUAAUAACCAGAAAUU